AUGACUACAGUGGAGUGCCACAAACAAGUUAGGUCAUGGAGGCUGCUACGUUCUCUCAUGCAACUACUAAUCCCCACGUGCAACUGCGCCACCAUUAUAGAAAACCAAGAUGCAAUACAAAAGGAGUGCCUCCAAAACACCACUAAGUGCUCAUCACCCAUUAUCACAGGCACAAUAUUCGGGUACCGAAGAGCAAACGUGAGUUUCUGCAUUCAAUCAAACGCCAACUCCACCAACCCAAUUCUCCUCCUAGAACUAGCAGUUCCGACAACCAUCUUAGCAAAGGAAAUGAGAGAAGGAACGCUUAGAAUCGCGUUAGAGAGUAAUAGUGGUUGUGGCAACACUCUUUUGUCCACGCCUUUGUGGACUAUGUAUUGCAAUGGGAAGAGAGUGGGGUAUGCUCUGAAGCGAAGGCCAUCGAAUACCGAUUUUGAAGCGCUGAGGUUGAUGCGUUCGGUUGUUGUGGGAACUGGUGUAAUGAACUUGAAGGAUUUCGUGAAUAAAGAUGAUCAACUUAUGUACCUUAGAGCCCACUUUAAGAGGGUUCGCGCCUCAUCCAACUGUGAAUCUUUCCAUUUGAUUAAUCCAGAUGGAGACAUAGAUCAAGAACUUAGUAUUUUCUUUAUUAGGUGA